GGGAUCUUCGCCUCUAUAACAAUAGUUUCGCUCAAGAAAUUCCUCCACAAAUUGGGCAUUUGCAUAGGUUACAGUUACUAUCUUUAAUGAAUAACUCAUUUAGUGGCCCUAUUCCUGCCAGCAUAUCCAAUUGCUUCAACCUCACCUUUCUCACUGUCGGUCAAAACAAGCUGGUGGGUGAAAUUCCUUCCAAUCUUGGUUUCUUGUCUAAGCUUCAAACACUUAUUUUAGAGGAUAAUAAUUUGACAGGAGAAAUCCCUCCUUCCUUGGGGAACCUUUCAUCUCUUACAGUAUUUUCUCCGGCUGGUAACAACUUGGUGGGAAGCAUCCCUAGUUCUCUAGGUCAAUUAAAAAUGUUAACCUUUCUUUCGUUGGAAGAAAACAAGUUGUCUGGUACCAUCCCUCCUUCCAUUUACAACCUAUCUGCUAUUGUUACUUUUUCUGUAGCGCUAAACCAAAUUCAGGGGAGAAUUCCCUCACACUUGGGCACUGCGUUUCCUAACCUCAACGACUUUGACAUUGUUGAAAAUGAAUUUACUGGGGCCAUUCCUUUGUCGAUAUCCAAUGCAACAAGUCUAGUGUCGUUCGAGGUUGAUAUUAAUAAUCUUACAGGACAAGUGCCCAAUUUGCGAAAUCUUCAUAACCUCACAAAUUUCUCUGUACAUGGCAAUCAUCUCGGAAGGGGUAAACAAGGCGACUUGAGCUUUGUCUCAGAGUUGAUGAAUGCCACAAAGUUAAGACGGUUGAUUUUAGGCUCCAACAAUUUCGGAGGGACAUUGCCCACUUCAAUAUCCAAUCUCUCAACCAGUCUUGAACUGCUUUGGGUUUAUGAAAACCAACUACAUGGAAGCAUCCCAACUGGUUUAGGAAAUCUUGUAAAUUUGCAAUCACUCGCUUUGGCGGGAAACUCCUUCACAGGUAGCAUCCCCGCUGACAUUGGGAAGCUUUCAACGCUUGGGGAAUUGUAUCUUUCGAACAACCAAUUAUCAGGAAGCAUUCCAUCUUCUCUUGGAAAUUUAACCAUGUUAAUCAGUCUUGGCUUGCAGGCAAAUAAUCUUAGUGGCAGCAUCCCUUCGAGUCUAGGGAAAUGCUACGGGUUGUUGGAAUUGGAUCUUUCUCAGAAUAACCUUAAUGAUCGGCAAGUUGAGGAAUCUAGGUGAACUUGAAGUUUCUGAGAACAUGUUAUCGGGAGAGCUUCCUAAUAGCCUCGGUGAUUGUGAGAGUUUAGAAGUCCUACACUUGCAAGGAAAUUCCUUCAAGGGGCUCAUUCCAUCAUCUGUGAAGGACUUGAGAGGCCUUCGAGAUGUAGACCUUUCUCGAAACAAUUUGUCUGGACAUAUUCCACAGUUCUUUAAGGGCUUUGGAAACUUGGAGAAUCUGAA